AUGUCGCUCGUCGCGCCAAACGCUCACUUGCAAGAGGCUCUCGCUUCGAUCCACCAGGCUUCGGCCGAGUUCACCAGUCCCGACCCGCAGCUGCGUGCCAAGGGCGAAGCCACCUUCCUCGCCCUGCGUCAGUCCGAAGGUGCACUCGACUACGCCUGCUUUGCUCUGGAGCACUCGCAGGAUCCACUCGUGCUAUUCCAGUCGCUCAACGCCGUGCUCUCCGUGCUUCCUUCGUUGAGCGCGCAUCAGCCCAGCCAGGGCGUCGCCUCGCUCACAUCGUUGCGCGACUUUCUGCUUCACUUUUGCGUCUCUCGCAGCCAGCAGUCGUCGGCAGCUCCUUCCGCCUCGUCUGCAUCGGACGCUUCCGCAACUUGGCCGCAGUAUCUUCGCUCCCGUGCAUUCCAGACCGCCAUCGCUGUCGAAAAGCGUCUGCUGGGACUCGAGCUCGCUCAGCACGUCGGCCAGCACUCGGGAACCAACUCGGCCCUUGACGCCGUCAUCGACGCUCACGUCGGCCUCCUCAACACGCAGCUCGCAAGCCUCCUCUCGCUGCCGUCGCCGUGGCCUACAGAUCCUACCGAGUCGGCCGCCACCCUCGCUCGCAUCGUCACUGGUCUCGGUCUCGUCCGUGCUGUCGUGGACGAAACCAUCCUCACCAGUGCCAACGACGUCUUUGACUCCUCGUCCGGCUCCGACCGCAACCGACCUCAGAAUGCUGCAUCGGCAUCCAAACCCGUUGCGCCCGGCUCGUCUGUCGGGCUCAACCUGCUCCAGCACCGCCAGUGCAAGGCGCUCAUCCAGAAUCACGUCCUGGCUGGACUCAUGACGGCAGUCUUCCAGCUCCUCUACAACACCAUCUCCGAGGACGCUUCGACCACAGAUUCCAGCUCCUGGCGCCAUCCGCUCUUCUUCCAGGCCGUCUCUACCACCGAGAAGCUCCUCGGAUGGACCUUCACACGCUUCGACCCCUUCUCGUCGGCUGCAUGGCAGCAACAAUCGCGCUCUCAGCAAGACGAUUCCGUACUAGCCACAGGUGUCGACGAAGACGACGAGCAACAGUCCGGCUCAGCCACAUCGCAGGGCAAAAAGGCGCUGCGUCCGCAGUACGUCUCGGACGCCUUCGUGCCCGUCUUGCUCUCAGACGACGUCGUCUCCCUCCUCACCACAGCCUACCGCUUUGGACUGCGCUUGCAGAGAAAUGGCGUCGCCAGCCGCGACAUUUCCUUCUCGAUCCACCGACUGCGUCAGUGCAUCUUAUCCACUUGCAGCUUCAUCCCUCAGGCUCAAAAGCCCCAACAUGUGCCUACGCUCGUGUCCCGCACCAAGCACAUCUGCGCCACCCUCCAAUCCUUGGUCGAAGAAGAGUGCGCGUCGCCCUCACAGCUCUUGUCCGCGCGCGGCAACUCCAUGCUCUUCCUGGCUCAAGCCUUCCAGAUCAUCUUCUCGGUCGUUCCCGUCCAGAUCCUGGCCGCGUCGCUCCAUCAAAGCGGCGCAGGCGCUCAAGCUUGCCUCUCUUUCAUUUCGUCGCUCGCCACUCUCGGCAAGGCCAUCUUUGGUCUCGCAUUCCACCGACCUACCGACACGGACGAGGAGGACGACCUCGCGGUGCUCACCGAAGACACUGUCGACGUCCUCUUGCAGUGCUGGCAGACAUUGACUUCAACUCUGCGACAGCACGACGCUGCUCACGCCCAGGACACCGAGGUCCAAGUCUUUGCCAGAGCCGUCUACGGCAGCAUUCGUGACCAAGUGUUCGCUCCUUACGUCACAGGUCGUCUGGAGGCCGCCUCGAUCGUCAACGGCGAAGACGACGUGUCGGAAGUCGAAGAGGUGACUGCCAAGGAUCGCGAUGUCUACUCGGACCAGCUCAUCACCAUUGCCAAUCUCGCCAGAACGUCGGUCGCCGACAAUCUGCGCGCGCUCCACCAACUCGCGCAACCUCUGUGCGAGAAGCUGAUUGCCAAAUCCCAGCGCCAGUCUACGCUGUCCGAUGUGGAGCUGGGUCAGACCUGGGAGCAGCUUCAUUGGCUCAUUCUCAUCGCAGGCCAUCUCCUUGCAGACGAUGCGCGCGGCGAGACGCCCGAAGUACCCGCGGAGAUUGCUGCGAGUGCCGAGCCCGAGGACCCGGCGGUGGCUUUGAUCAUGCAACUCGGCAUGCAGCUGCUGCAGCACCUGAGCGCGUUCGGGCCGGCCUCUGUUGAAGCCACCAGUCCGCAGGUGACCGAGACGCUGCUCUGGUUCACGGGCCGUUGGACUUCGUCGUACCUGCUCAUCGACGAGCGCUCUGGCUUUGCCACCAAUGCCGCUAUCCAGAGGGCGUUUGGCGACCAGGCUGGCCGGCAGACGCUCACGUUCCUGCUUCAGCGUCUGUCGGAGAAUCUGCAGCUGUGGAUGACCGACUCCGACGUGUUGCUACAGCUUGCUCAGGUGCUGUCUGCCUUCACACGGUCGAGCGGGAUCAUGAUCUGCCUGCUGCAACUCGCCGAGAUGGAGCAGCUGGUCUCGGGGAUCGUGUCCGGUCUGGAUCACCUGCCCGCAAACACGCAUGGUGCGCUCAUUGCCUCCGUGGUGGGCUGCAUCUACUCGGGCGCGACGCACCCGGAGGCGACGACGGAGCGAUCGGCCGAGUCCUACUUUAAGCAGAUCACCGCUUCGAUCGAGGCGCGCUUUGGCGCCUUGCUUUCGCGCGCCGACUUUGCGGCCAUCUCGCAGCGCUCGGACGUGAUCUCGGCGGUGCAGACGUCGCUCGACAUGCUCGAGGGGCUCGCCUCGUCGAUCCAGCCCAACUCGGCCGAGAUCGUAUAUGGCUUCAUCUCCAAGUUCUUUGGCGCCUUCGCGCAGCUCUGCCGCGUGUACGACACGCGGCCCGAGAUCGCGGUAUCGGUGCUGCGCGUGCUGCACACGCUGAGCGUGUCGCUCGAGCUCGACUUUGGAGCGGAGCCGUUCAUUGUGAUGGGCAUCAACCAGGCGGCGUGGGAGCUGAUGCAGGCGCUGCAGGGCGAGAACCGUGCGGGCAAGAAGAAGACGCAUCUGCUGCUUGCCUCGGAAGCCGGAUCGCCGCUGGACGACGAUGUGCCGUACGAAGGCCUGUGCCUGCUUGUGGAGCUGCUCGCCGAGCUCUCGGGCUCGGCACGAGCGGGCGUGGACGACGGCGGAUCGGAUCAGGCUGCAGAGCUUCAGCCGACCAAAACGAGCGACGUGUGCCUGAUGGGCUUUGAACACGUGCUCGGCCUGCUAACCACUGCUGAGCCGCUGAGCGUACCGCGCAUGCGCCAGGCACUGGGCAAGCUGACGUCGUCGGUGUUUGGGCUGUUUUCGGGCCGCAUGAUUCUCGUAGCCUCUGCCGCUGCGGGCACGGGCACGCACGAGCCGUCGCUGCUGGACAAGGCGGUGCAGGCGCUGUCGCUGUGCAUCAAGAUGGACGAGAACGAGACGGCGCAGCUGGGGCUCGAGUCGAUCGUGGCGUUCUGCAAGGUGGUAUCGGUGCACUUUGCGCCGCCGUCGGCGCAGCUGGUGGGUGCGCUGCACGGGUGUCUGGUUGCGGUGCUGCGGCUGGUGCUGGCCGAGCCGCUCGACUCGACGCUGUUCUGGACGGCGCUGUUUGCGCUGCUGUCGCUCAUCAAGGUGGCGCGCACCACGGAGCUCGGGCACGCCUUCAGCAGCGCCGCGCAGGGCCUCGAGACCAGCGAGACGUUCCAGACGGCCGCGCGCGAGCUCGUCGAGUCGGCUCUUGGACCGCUGGGCCAUAACGAUGCAGAGUGGAUCCACCAGGCCAAGCUCAAGCUGCCGCGCUGGCGCGCGCACAUCCGCGUGCGCUAA